AACCGUUUCCUCCAACAGACGUGUAGAAGAACCUGGAGUGUGCAUCUGUACUCUGUGGCAUUGAUGCACCACAAUUUAAUUAAAUUCUCGAAGUCAUCUGAAGACUUGUUUUACGGGGAAAUGUCCCCACUUGGGCUGUUUGAGUGCUUAGAAAUGAAAUUACGCAUAUUUGGGGUAACGUGUGAACUGCAUAUUUGGUGCUAUUUCAUUAGCGAAGAUGGAGGCUAACAUGCCAAAUCUCAAUGAUCGGUACGUCAACUAUGAUCAGUCUAACGAAACAAUGAAGGUCUUAAAUGAAACAUUGAAGCUCUUAAACAACACACAAGUCAAUGAUCAUAUUUAUGUUCGUGUUUGUGCGUCGGCCGUCGCCUUCCUGAUCUUGGCUUUCUUCAACAUCAUCAUCAAUUGUACCAUCCUGCGCCAGGAGAGACUGCGGAAACAUGCGCGCUUCGUGCUGGUCUUCCACCUGUUGCUCUCUGCGCUUAUCUAUUUUGCAGUGUGUUGGGGAUUUUAUCUGCAGAUUUACUUACAACUGAGGCCAAAGGCGUCGACUUGUGCUGCACUGAUUACUAUACUGACCACAAGCGCGUCCAAUAUCCUUAUCACCUUGACGGUGAUGGCAGUGGACCGCUACUGGGCUAUCUGUUUUCCCAUGCGCUAUAGCAACUUAUGCGCAAGGCAAUGGACAUGGCUUCUUGGACUACUGACCUGGGGUCUUGCAUCUAUUAUACCCCUUAGCCUUUUCCCCUGGACAGAUAAAACAGACUCCAAUGGACUUUGUGGGAGAGGGCAGCUGAAAAAAGGAGAAUUACACAAAAUUUUGUUGAUCAGCAUCUGUAGCUUAAUUAUUCUCUGCAGUUAUGCCAGGAUACUUUUUGAGGGGCGCCGGUUAGGUGUGUUAAACUGGCGCAAUAAGAUCGGCUGCAGGACUAUUGCCUGGCACGGGGUACAGCUCGCUGUCUACAUCCUUCCGAACUUCAUAAACUUUCUCUUGCACAUUUUGAGAAAGUACGACCACAUUCACCAGGAUGCAAAGGACUUGUUUGCAGUGGUGAACUUCGCGUUCUUCAGUAUAGCGCAAUGCAUUGCGCCAAUUGUAUAUGGACUUCGAAAAGAGGAGAUUUUGGAGCAGUUAAACCAGGACAGUUGGUGCUCCCCCUGUUUUCUUAAAAAUGUGGUGGAGUGGACCGUUCGUCUGACUCAACCUCGUCACCAUUCCCAUUCACGGGAGAGACGACUUACAUCCCAAACUCUGCUCUCACUAGAACCGCCUCGUUCCCCUGCGUGAGCGACUGUGAACCUAAUUAAGCCGUUAAGCAGUCAUCCUGCAGGAAUGUUUUGAAACCAGUUCCAACUUCCAACCGAUGAUUCUGGAGAGCGGUGCUCUACGACCUUUGGUUCCGACUGUGUUGGGGGUGGGGGGUAUGAAUGAAGGCUGUGAAUAUGAAGGAAGGCGUUGAAUAUAAUGUGAAUAUGUCUGUUAUAUGAAAAAUGCUCCGCUGUGGGAUAUCACAAAGUAUAACGUAUAAACCCUAGGCUUUUUAAAAAAAAUAUUAAAUGUGUAUCAUUGGGAACGUGUCUGACAAGAUUAACUCUCCUCUAUAGUUGUUCAGACCAGCUGUUAUGUUGUUUGUUGAGAUAGGGCGUCCAAAACAAGCAACAUAAUGUAAUAGCAACGAAUUUCGGUCAUUUGUCAUGCAGCAGUGCGGUUAAUUCAACAUAACUUGGUAGGGAGUGGCAGCAGUAUCACUGUUAAUUGAAUGAAAACCCAGUCAGUUGCAGUUAUCAAAACACAGAAGGGUACUUAAAAAAAAAAAAAAAAAAACAAUGUUCUGAUUUGGAUAAGGGGAGGGGGGCGGGUUUUAAUCAGCAUAGUUGUCAGGGUACUAUUGCAUCACUGUUGACAAGUUUACAUAGAACUGUGAGUCAGAAAACCGGCAGAUAUGGAUGAACUCCUUUCAUGAAAUUGCAUAAAUGUACAAUACUGUAUUUAUUUGGCAAAAAGUGUAGAAUUAGUUCAGACCUAUAGGUUUUAUAGAAUGAAAUAUUUAAGGGCUGUCUCAAUAAAUAAAUACAAAUUAACUGAG